GCUUCUGCUGGGGCGUCGGCGGCGAAGAAGGGCGCUGUUAAUUAUUAUACGGCUGCUAGGGAGAAGGAGCGGGAGAGUGCGAUUCGGGCUAAAGAGAGGUCUAGUGGGUCGAAUGUUGCGGCGUUGCUUAACAAACAUGCUUCAAAUCGGCGUGGUUUGGGGGCUUUAGGGAAGGGGCAGUGGGAGUGAUUGUAUUUGUUUGACAUAUAUCUUGUGGGAUCAGCGGGCGUCGUUUUGUGAUUUUGGAUAGUUGGUAUAUUUUAAUCUAUGGAAUGUCUAUGGCGAAGCUUCAUUACUUGAUGCGUUCAUAUUUGUAGUAUUCGCGUGACAGUAGAUUAUUGACUUCCGGUCAUCGUACACAAGAGGACGUUGUCUGUCUUGGUUCCGACAGACCUCUUAUCAAAGGCAGCUUCCACUAUCACAUCGCUUGAUUGGGUUUUUGUGCUGCCCUCAAUCAUUACGGAUAAACUAUAUAACCAUGUCGCCAUGCUGCCAUGCUUGGUUGUUGCAGCUGUCAUAUCAUGUGGAUCGGCGAUAUCGGCAGUCGGGAAUGCAAACCACAUCUUCAACGCUAUUCACUCGUCCAUGCGUCAGUGGGGCUCGUCGCUGUACCACAAUGGCAUGUCCUUCUUUCUAGCCUCCGUCCCGGCUGGAACGCAGCUGUAUCACGGCGGGCCGAGUCCUGACCAUGUGAUCGGGACGGAGUGGCUGGCGUUUGAACCGGAGCAUGCGAUUCUGUUUGCAAGGAUGCCUCCGAUGGGCUCUCAGCCUGGUGUUCCUGGGCGGGGUCCACAUAAAGGACCGCCACCUGGUCAUGGUGGUCCUGGAGGUCCCGGAAGGCAGAAGCCAUUGUUGCUCGAGCCACCAGAGGAUGAGGAGCCAAGGAGUUCUGGCUGGCUGCAGACCUACGUACCUGUUAGGGAUCUACGAUUGCUGUACAUUGAUGGCAUGUCUGCCGGAAAGACGAGCAACGGGACUCUCGACUCACAGAACCGGAUUCUGGUGAAUGAUACUGUUCACGACGAUCAGAUUAUGAAUGAGUUUGCGCGCGCGAGAGAAUUCUGUCGCUUAUCCCACGAAGUAUGGAACGAUCGACUGGACGGAGUGAUUCGCAUGGAAGCCGGUUUUGAGAUUAUCCUCUGCGAAUUCGAGCGCGAUUUACAUCUGCUGCAUGAGGUCGAAGUCCAGGCGAAUAAAGGUGGUAUCCCUCGUCAUCUUCCACGGCCUGGUAAAGAUCAUAACAAGACCAUGCAUGAAAUUGUUCCCGAUUCUGGGCCGUGGAUCAAGGCCAUUACGGCACGGUAUCAUGGUAUUGGGGGGAAUCGGGUGAAGGUUAACUACGACCAUUUUGUAACUGCUUUCACUUAUGAGUUGGAUAUCUUCGGUGGUCAAAGCAAGAAUCUCCGGCCCCGUUUGGACCAUCUCGAUACCUCGCAGCUGGAACCUAUCCGGCAGGAUCUUAAAGCGUUGAUUCUGGGCCAUGAUACCAAUGAGCCCUCAUUUGACUGGCAGUCCGUUACGGACAUGGUGGUUGAAAGAUAUGCUCAUACGUUGAAGAGUCUGGUCUCUGCGAAUAUUACAGCAAACAUGAAGCAAUUACACGACGAUCUCAAGAAGGUGGUAGAUCCGUUCUUCGACUUUGGCGGCCGGAAUAUCACCGCCGAGGCAGAGCGUUGCGCAACCCAAUUCAUUCCCUUUAACGCCCCGAUCGAAAGCGUAGCAGCUCGUGCCGUGCGUUCCAUUGCUGACAGCGUUUGCUUCACGCUGCUGGAGGCAUUCGACGAACCAAACUACGACACAGCCGUUGCCAAGAUCCAGGAUCUUGUCGACUACCUCGCCUGGACAACCUGGAAGGAAUGUCGUGGCUGCGCGGACAACGAAGUCUGUGUGAUACCUAUCUGGCCGAUGGGUAUCUGGGAAGACUGGGAAAGCCCGACGUGUCGCGAUAUGAGGAACCCCCAGGCUGAUGGGGUGGAGUAUUGGGGAAGGGUCUUUGUUCCGGGGCCGACGGAGCAUGAUGAUUCAUGA